AUGCAAUUUCCAUCGUCCACAAGUCGUGCUCUUAACACAAGACUGGGUCGAAAUAGAACAAUAUCAGAGUCUGCAGUAAUUCACGGAAAACAUGCCGCCACCACUCCUCUUGUUUUUGAACAAGAGCUGAGUAUAUCAGGCAAGCAACUACCAUCACAAGAAGUACCGCAAGCAAAGGAUGAAACGGUAAAGCCUACCCUCAUUGCGAACGAGACUUCUCUUGCUGAUCUUACGGAUGAGUUGAAGCUUCUCUCCUUGGAACAGCGCAUUCGCCGAAUUGAGUCGUUGGUUGGCACGUAUGAUCCAGCUCGACAGUCCAUUGCAGACGCUGUUGAAGAUAUACGGUAUGUUUGGAAACGUAUGCAGAUUAUUGGAGAUGUCUUACGUAGAUAUAAAAUGGACUAUCGAUGCAAUUUUCUUGGUCUCACGGCAAUGAUAGAGUUUGUCAUGCAGGUGUGCGGGCUGCCUGCUGUCAGUUUUCAAAAGAUUAUCGAGGUCGUCAUACGUAACGAGUCACGCCUUACGAGAGAAAUAGUUCGACAUUUGAACCAUGUCGAAGAGAGAGUGCUUGAAGAAUUGGCUUGGACCAAAGAUAGCGCUUUGUGGACGGCGUUAAGUCGAAAACCUGACAGCGUACCAACAUGUGAUGAAGCAUGGGGUAACCCAACAAGAAUAUUGGUUUUCAUUUACAUACUGCUCAACAAAAAACUAAUUCUCUGCGGAACUCCGUGGACGACCACCAACACACGCCCUCGCGUCGAGAACGUUUAG